UUGGCUUGGUUACUCUCUCCCCUCACGAAGCUUUCGUAUGCCCACUGCUCACAUGCUCGCAGGAGAUGGUUUGUCGGCUUUGGGAGGCGGGCCUUAGUACGGCAUAUUGACAUGCAGCGAAUCCGAUUGUCAAUUUUCGGCUGUCAUGUCCCUUCUAUCUGCUGCAAGGGUUUUUCACCUUAUCAUUCAGCCGGCUGGCGUUUUCUUCCUUUCUCCCCUACCAAGCCUUCCGUCGGAAAGCUCUUUUGGCUUUGGACACGGUAUGACGAACGCUGCUCUGCUUGACUUUGCCCCAGUGGGCCAUGAUGUCACGCAUUCAUUAUUAUUACUAAUCCGCUGCGGAACAAUCGGACCUGUCAUCAUCGAGCCCGGAAAUGUGAUCAAUCAACAGAAAGAACGCAUCUUGUGUCUCUAUCAAGUAAUCAAGGGUAUACCGUAACAACGCCCAACAAUCCAAGUAAAUCCGAAAAUCCAGAAAAUCCAGUAAAAGGAUCAGGUCAUCAAUCAUCCGAGUCGUC